GUUAUUAUCUCAGUCACACUAGCGUUUGGCUUCAUACUUCACAGAAGAAGCCUCGAGUAAACGCUUGCGAUUCACCUCGAUGCCGUUAGUAAUACAUCUCAGAGUAAAUUCAGAGUUUUAUAAAGAGUUUCUAGGUAGGCGACAGUAUUGUGAGAGAUUUAUAUCCACCAUGUCGAAGGCAACCAAACGCAAGCACGUAGUGAAAGAAGUUCUGGAGGAUUGCGUCACACCCACUGAAGAGCAGCUCAUCAUGAGGGUCUUAGGAAGUAACGGCAAUAACCUCCAUGAAGCUGUGACCGGCAGUGGCGAGAGAUUUCUGAUCAGCAUGCCUACAAAGUUCCGCAAGAACAUCUGGAUCAAACGUGGAGACUUUGUCAUCGUUGAUCCCAUCAAAGAAGGUGGAAAGGUGAAAGGAGAAAUCAGCUCUAUUCUUUAUCGGGACCACAUACAGUACCUGAGGAAACUUGGUGUCUGGCCAGAAGGAUUCCAGGAAGGUCGCACAUCCAGCGAGAGGAACGAGGGAUUAACAAAUGAGAAAAGCGAAAGCAAAACGGAGGAGGGUGACAGCGACUCCGAGGAUGAUGACAGCGAUCUCUUUGUGAACAACAAUCGUGCCACGGUUCUCUACAGCGAGAGUGAGGAAGAGAGUGAUGAGGAAAAUAAAGAGGAGGAAGAUGAAGAAAGAACAAAAAAUGACCUGUAAUUGCAAAAAUACUGGAUAUGUAUACAAUAGCAUGACCAAGAUUAGAUUUCAACGAUAUUGCAACCUUCACUGCGCUUUAAAACCUGAAUAAUACCACAGUGAUGCGUGAGACUCAGGGCUGGAAUUAGGUUGUUUUUUUUUACAUUUAAUUUGUGUUUCCAAUCACAAAAUCAUUUUCUUUUUGUUAAAAAGAAACUGAUUGUGUAUCAUAAUUGUAAAUAAGCUAUUGUUAUAAACUUUAAUACUUUUGUAAGCUCAUUUUUUUCCCCUACAUUUGUCAAUCAAAUAAAAUGUAUAUAUCAGAAUGACA